AUACGUAAUUACCGAAAGCCAGUUAUUGUUAUUGCACCAAAGAUAUUACUACGUUUGCCAGCAGCUACUUCUAGUUUUUCUGAAAUGGCUCCAGGAACUACUUUCAAACCUGUACUUGGGGACCUCAAGGUCAAGGGUGAAAAAGUCAGUAAGGUUGUCUUCUGCUCAGGCAAACAUUACUACGCCAUUCAGAAAGAGAGAGAUACAAGAAACGUAGAAGAUAUGGCUAUAAUUAGACUAGAGAGUCUUUGUCCAUUCCCCACUGCUGAGUUGCAAAGGGAACUGAGCAAAUAUCCAAAUGCCAAAGAAUAUAUCUGGGCACAGGAGGAACAUCGAAAUAUGGGUGCCUGGUCUUUUGUUUCUCCAAGAUUUGAAAAUCUAGUGGGAUGUAAGUUGCGUUAUGUUGGAAGGGACGUACUAGGAUUACCAGCUGUAGGAAUUGGACAUAUCCACAAAAUUAUGCAAGCUGAUCAACUCAUCUCAGAUCUCUUUGGUUGAACAAAAGUCAGUUGUAAUUUCUGACAUAGCAUCAGACAAGAAGCAAACACUGAACUGCCAAAUUUGUGGUUAUUGUUAGACUUAUGCGGUUUGGAUGCAGGUUGUUUAUGUGUUAACGAAAGACUCAUUAACAGCAGGAAUCAUGUAAAUUCAGUCAGACUUUAAUACAGAUGCAGCUUUAAUACAUGUGCUUAAAGUAUUCUCAAUACUAACUUGUCUAAUGCCAGAUCUUUUUGGAAGUAAAUGUUUCAUCUUUCUUCAUGAAAAAUUGGAUUACAAUCAUGAUUCAAGAAGAAAUUGCUCAAUCUGUAUUCAAGGUUUAAGAAUUUGAAAUAUACAGUGGUUCUAAACAGACAAAUACUUUUUAUCAGGAGAAGAUUUUGUGAGUCAAACGGGAAUAUUCUAAUUUAAUAAAUUUUAUGUAACCUUGUAAAAACAAAAUUAUUUAGGAAAAAAAAUGUUAAAUCCGACAUUGAUAAUUUUGCAUUUUAGCGUGUGUUUUGAUACUGUGAUAUUUUACUGACUUUUCUAAUAAGUGCUUAUAUUUGUAUAAUACUGAAAGACUUUAUUAAAGACAGACUAAAACCAAAGCAUUUGAAUUAUUUAAUUAGUCCUUUAUUUUCAGAGCAAUAGAUUUAUCAUUAAUUUUGCUUCCCUGGUGGAAAAAUAUAUUUUGUUAGUUAACCUGAGCAAGAAGUUGUCAAGAUGAGCUUUUGUGAUCACCCUGUGUCCGUCGUCCUUUGUCAGUUGUCCAUUGUUGCCAUCAACAAUUUGACUGUUAACAAGCUAGAGGUCACAAUUUUGGCCUAAUCUUAAUGAAUCUUGGUCAGAAUGUUACCCUCAUUAAAAUCUUGGAUAAGAUAUAUAUUGGGUCAUCUGGGAUCAAAAACUAGCUCGAUCACCAGGUCAAAAUCAAAGGAAAAGCUUUUUAACACUCUAGAGGCAUUUAUGAC